AUGAGCUCGGUGCUGAUUGUGACAGUGAACAAGCUGGUUUUGGAACGUUUCCACUAUCCAAUCUUUCUGACCUGGAUUCAUCAGAUUGCUGGAUGGCUUCUCUCAUCUCUCUACCUCAAUUCACAUGGUCAAGGCGUACCAGAUAUGCCUGCCUUCUCCCAACUUACCCUCGCUGUCGCAUAUUCAGCCUCUCUUUUGUUGCUUAAUGUAUCCCUUUUAGUCAACGACAUUGCGUCGUAUCAACUAUUGAAAGUGCUGACCACUCCAGCUGUUGCCAUUCUUCAAUUCUUGUGGUUGGGCAAAACUGUGCCACCGAAUUGUAUUAUUGCAUUAGCCAUGGCGACAAUUGGCGUGCCUCUAGCCACAAUGAAUUCUGGAUUUAACAUUGGAUUCGGUUUUGUGCUUGGUCUUGUCGCUUCUGUUGUCGCGGCUGCCAGCCAAAUCUUAAUCCAAAAAUUUCCUGCACUGAAUGGGAUAAUCCUCAUCGGGGUCGUGUCUCCCGCUUCAAGCCUGUUGCUGGGAUUUGCGGCAGUCGUUGAACUGUUCGUCGUUUGGUCUCCGGCGCAAAAUCCCAAUUUAACGCUAGGAACUGCAGGUCUUGUGAUUCUUUCAUGUAUUUUGGCAAUAUUCACGAACUACUUUUCCUUCUCGGUCAUUUCUAUGACUUCUGCCUUGACCUUUCAGUUUGUUGGACAUCUAAAGACAUUGGUAGUGAUUUUGAUAGGCAUGCUUGUUUUCCCGGCCAAUUCGUCUCUUCAGUCAAUUCGAGGAGUCUUUGGUAUCACGAUUACCGCAGCCAGUCUUGUUUUGUACUCAGUUGCUCGAUCGGACAUAAAAACAACAGGAGGCCUUGUAAGGCUAUGGUGGUCAACCACUGGUUCUAAAAACAUUAUGGCGAGAAGACCAGAAUUAAUCGCCUUCUCGUUAAUUAUAAUGACAAUGAUAAUGGCACCAAUGGCUAGUUUCUUGAUACCAACUCCAAUUGACGGAAAUAUUGAUAGAGCAUCAGAAGUCAAUUUGGUCAAUGUGCUACGUAUGGCAAUUACAGAGCCCUCGGACUCGAACUUUUUCGAGUGGACAAAUCCUGCAGUUGUGAAGGAACGAAUUUGUAUUGUGCACGCUGACAGUAGAGAUGUGGAAAUUGAGAAGCCCGAUGGUAGUAGCUAUACCGUCAUAUCGAGAUAUUACAUGUCUUGGUGGGCUAUUAGGCAUGGCUAUGAUUAUCGAGAUCUGAGAGUUCAGCGAAUGAAUGACUUAUAUGGAACAUGGGAUAAACUGCAAGGAAUUUUAGAGACCAUUCCGAAGUAUGAUGUCACAAUUUUUUUUGACUCUGAUGCUUACGUGACGGAUCUGGACACCACUGCAGAAUAUAUGAUGGAACGAUGGGGAUUUUCUCACAAUUCAUCAAUAAUGAUGGCUUUCGACCCUCCAAAUGAGGUCCCGGACAACUUUAAUAACACAAACACUGGUUUUAUUGUCAUACGAAAUACUCCUCUGUCAAUCAAGAUAUUCCAGGACCUCAUCACUUGCCCUGAUAAAAUACCAGGUUGUUCCUAUUGGAGGCAUAGAUGGCCACAUGAGCAGAAAGCCUUCAGCAAGUAUUUACGCCCCAAUCUGACAGAAGGCUCAGAAUUCAUCAUAGCUCCAUGUGAUGAGGCUAAUGGCCAUCCUGCUAAUGCAUACUGUAUAUGGGAUCGCCCCCGACCGCUCGCACCGUGUGCGACUUUAUUAAAUACACCUAUCGAAAACAACCCCGCACCUACAUCACAAUUGAUGCACUCGGCGGUACCACCAACCAGUGCCGCUCCCACACCUAGCAGUUCAUGCACUUCCGUACGAUACUUUGGUGAAGUCUACUACCCAGGACAGACUAAUCAUCUCGGGUGGUUGAGGACUUGUGAUGGCUGGACUUGUGCCUCUCCAUCGUGCUUCGUGACGAAAGGAUUCUAUACCUCUUGGACAGUUAUCAUCACCAGUGUCUUUGUGGAUGCCAAAGUGUGUGCUGAUCCGUCUAUCAAUUACUUUGGUUCCUGUUAUGCCCUUGGCAGUGUCAACAACUUGUGUUGGACGUCGAAUAGUGAAGGAUGGGUAUGCCCAUCGCCGUCUUGUGCAGUCCCUACUGGCCAGGUACGUCAACAUCAACGUUUGUCGGUAUUUUAA